UCGGGAUCAACAGGUUAUCGACGGGUGGGUCGGUGUUAUUCCAUGUUUACAAUGUGGAAUAUUGCAACGACGCAGGGGGCAUCUGCCUGGGUAUUGUGUGAGUGUAUAAAGUGUAAAUCUAGAUGGUAUUGUAUUGCCGGACGAAGAAGGGCUGAGUGUAUUGAGUGUUUCCCUGAGAUCCCCCGGUAUUAUAAUUGCGAGAGAGCUCCCCGGGGGGCGAACAUCAUUAAACUGGAGUGUGGUAAACUCAGACUUAUCCCUGAAAUUUGGAACGUCUGGGAAAAGGAUUGGGAACGUAUCACCCAGUAUUGCCGAAAGAAAUCAAAGAGGCCAUAGAGCAGAGGGCAGGACCGGAUUGAAUGGUUGGCUUUGUGUCAGUAAACAAUGCCACUAAGGACGUGUAAUGCUACCCCUAAAGACCCUCAUGAUGGACUAUGAAGAGGGUAAAAGUAAAACCCUAAUGAUUGUUUAAAAUGUAGUGGAUUGUUCAUGUUUUAGUUCAGACAUGGGAUGGGUUCAAUUUAGGUCUAGAAAAAUGGUGGAAAGAAAAGUGGAUUACAAGUUCCAACCUCAAGCCAAAAAUUAGAUCAAAUAUUAAGGGAAUAAACCGGCUCUUGGCAUUUUUGGCUUGAGGGGGCAUGGAGAUCCAAAAAUGUCUUUCUUUGCGGAUGCCAGCUUGUCUGUGGUGCGGGGUUCAGUGGAGGGGCAGUGCUCACCAGUGGGCACCGUUUCCGCACCAAAAUGUAGCAGUUUUCAGCAAAUGUAUAAAAAGGGAGAGGAGCCUGGACCAGGUGCGCCUCUGGCUGAUGUGACUCAGCCUCAGCCACGCACCCAGCGCUGCUUCCUUGCUUUGCAAAAUUGAAUACCUCAUAAUAAAUUUUUCAUAAUAAACUUUUGUUUGGUUGGAUAAAAGAUUUUGCAUAGUCUGUUUAUGACACCAGGAAGCUGCCUUUUGAGAAGAAUGCCCGAACAGAGAUCCUCAGAUCUCCUGCACAGAUGAGUGCACAAGAUGAAACCUAAGCACCAUCUGAAAUGGGAUGGUUGUCUCAAGCUCUUUAAAAUCCUUAUUUUCCUGGUUCUAAUAAGUUUCCCUGGAGUCGUGUCCCUGUUUUUGUCACAGAGAACCUAACCUGUCCAGACAUGAGGUUUCCUAACUUGUUCCUUUGGCAGGAGUGAAUAAAGCCAGGCAGGCUUGAGAGUAUAAAAUGUCCUUGAGGCCUCUGCUAUGUGCACCCAAAUUGCUUGGGAAGCUUGUGUGUAGGACGUGCAGAUGGCCCCCAUGUCUCGUCUGUGGGUGGGCUUGGUCCCACACUCAGCUGAUGGUGUGGACAGCCCCCCUGCUUGAUUUGCAGCCAGGUCCCAUCUCAGCUGCUCCUGGCUCCAUGAGGUGGGGGAACCUGCAGCAGAGCAGUCUCGCCCAGACCAGCCAGCUGCUUGCUGCAGCCCACGAUCCCUGUUUUCCAGGCACCACCGUCCACUGCUGUGAAGGCAGAAGGUACUGCAGAGACUCAGUGCCUGAUGAGGAUCAAGGAAUAGAGGUAGUUCGUGGAGUCAGAGCCCUUCAGCAUGGGGAUAGAGGAGGUUUUUGACAUCCUCCCACUGUACACUGUGCUGCAGCCGAGUGGCGCUGUGCAGGGUGGAGGGAGGCCCAACCUAUGAGGUUGCACUGAGCGGGGAGGCUUCGCUUAUCAACUGCCUCCUGGACAUCACAGUGAUCGACUAUGGGCUGCAGCUGUUUAACAAUGUUGCGGAAACAGAGGUCACCCUGUGGAACAGUGGGAAGUUGGGAUUCACCUACGUGGUGUUAAACGCCAGCGUGGCCACUGCAGACUGCCCACAGCCCCGUGAGCCCCUGGUCCUCCCCAGCAUGGGUUACCUUGGACCUGGCAAGGAGCGAGUGCUGAAGGUCUGCUACCUGCUUGGAGUGCCUGUAGUCUUCUGCAGAUUUUCCUGGCCCAAGUGGAUCACCUGGAGCCAGAAGAGACAUCCCUGAAAGGAAAGGGGAACUUUCCCAGGUUCUCCUUGGACCUCCCCUGGAAUAUCAAAGGAAAUGAAAAAUAUGAGAAGAUCCUCAAGGACGCAAAAGAGAAGAUGGAACAAGACAACCAGAGAGACCAAGCAGUUGUUCUGGGGGAGGCUGUGGCUGCGGAUCCACUGACAGACAGCUCAGACACCAUGUUGGAGCCUUGGCUACAGAUGCAGCUGGAGGAGGUGCUGCUUGAGGAACAUGCCCUGGAGCAGCAGACAGCUCUGGCCUCCAGUGCCCAGGAGGACAGUGCCUUUGACCAGCAUGCUCACUGGAGGCUUCUUGAGGAUCAGCUGAGAGUCUGUAAAACACAUUUCUGCUUCCGUGAUGUUAUGCUUGAUGCCAUUCCUGCAGCAGUGGGACUUCUUGGCUGCUGCUGGAUCUAUUCCCAUAGAAAGAAGCAGGCAAACGGGCAUGAAAAGAAAGCAAUAGGCUUUAAGGAAGAGCAGCAAGAAGAACUGCACAAGAAGGACUCAUCGCUUGAACCAGCAGCAGGGGUUUCUCAGAGCUUGCCGCUCUCCUCGGAAGAGAAACACCCAGACAACGAACCCUCGACCUCCCUGCUAGCGACAGGAUCAAUGACUCUCGGUAGCAUCAGGGAGAAGAGGAGAGAGGAACUUGAAAUGUGGGAGAAGGAGCUGACGUUGAAGGAGGCCCACCUUGCCCAGCAAAAUGAGGAGCUCAAGAGAGCAUGGCAAGAUCUCCAAAGGGAUCGAGAGGAGCUGAAGCAGCAGAAGGCCUCCUUCCACCUUGAUUUGGAGAACCUCCGUGUGCUCAAGGAGGAAGUGGAGCUGGAGAAGGCUCAGUUCAAGCAGGUCAUGGAGGAAUUCAAAAGGGACCAAGAGGAACUGCAGCUGCAGAAGGUCUCCUUCCAUCUAGAUCAAGAGGGCCUUUGUACAGCCAUAGAGGAGUUCAAGAGGGAGAAAGAGAAAUUCAGGCUUGAUAUGGAGCGAUUUCCUGAAACUCGCCUGGUGCCUGACCACAGCCAGCUUGCAGGAGCAGAAGCGACUGGAGCAUCAGAGGACAACCAGGGAGACUUCACACAGGAGGCGGCUGAGGAGCUUCAGGCUCGAGUGGCUGCAGGUGAAGAGCGCUCCUAUGCGAGCACCCACUGCCAAACGUGUGAGGCAUUGCAGGCGCAGCUCGCAGAGAUGAAUAAUGCCAACACCCACCUGGCUGAAGAAAACGCUCACCUCCGUAGGCAGAUGGCUUUGACAGAAGAGGUUCAAGCUGAAAAUGCUCACCUGAAAAGCAAACUUGCGCAUGUGGAAGUGGUAGAGAACAAACUGGUAGGCAGGAUAAAAAUGGCAGAAUGGAGUCAAGAGCUGGAGAAGGAGCGUGAGGAGACAAAGUCCACGGUCCAGAGGAAAUCAGAGGAAGGCAGAUGUUUGCAGAGGGCUCAGACAGAAGAACACAGGGAACACAAGGAAGCCCUGCAAGCAAUUCAAGCCAAGCUGACUGAACUGAAUGGUCGCUUUCUGAAGCAUGAUGAACAAUGCCGGCAGUUCUUUCAGGAACUGGAACAGCUAGAAAAAUAAGGAUCCAACCCUACCAUUUCCAGGCCACACCUACUGGGUGUGUACUGUUGAGUUUUGGCAUGCAAAGCGAGACUUCCUUCUCCACCAAUCAGCAAUUAAUACAGUGACCACAUUCACUCAAGUUUCUGUGUCCUUAGGUGUAAGCUCGCUAUGAACAGUGGAAACAAAGGAAAAUGUUCAGCAGGUGGUCAGGCUUGAAGAAAAGAAAAAUGUCCCCAGAGCUCUAGGUAUCAGCCAAUGGGCUGAACUUCGACUCCCCCCACCCCUGCUGGUGACUUUGUCGGGGCAAGAGACUGGAGGGGAAAAUGUGAUCCAAACUGUUGGGAUCAACAGACAGGCUGGGUCCCAUCCCCCUCCGUCCCCUCUCCCCGCAUUCCAUUAGGGUAAGCACUUUGUCUAAAUAUACACCUCUUAUCAUCAAGCUAAUUAACGUCAAGCUGAUUGUUAGCAUCUCUCUCUGUACUCUUAUCCUACCUAUGUGGUAUCUUUACCUGUGUUUGAUUGCUAUUGCUCCACAUAAAUCAUUGCUCAUCACAUGCCUGUAUGCAUUCGGGUGCCGUAUGAACUGGAUUCUUCAACAUAUUUUCACAAACUUUGCCUUCUCUGCAGUUACUAACAAACCUUA